ACCAACACGCAGGCUCGGAACAUGAUGCGCGCAUGGUGACACGACUCACACCUGUCGCUCAGAGGGCUGUAGAACCUCCCGACAUGGCCUCCGACAAGCCAUCCAUCAUGCCGAGCGACGCGUCGCGACCCGCGACCUCCGGCGAAGCGGCUGACACUGCAGCAGGCGAGGACGCCGGCCCGCAAGGCGACAAGAAAAUGGAGAGUUUGGGGCGCAAGUUCCCCGACUUUCUCAAGCUGCCUGUCGAGAUCCAAGAAAUGGUCUGGAUGAUGGCGUACAAGCCGGGCCGGCGCGGCAUGCACUUCUUCCGCGUCCAUGAAAACCAGUGCGGCGUCUAUCUCGAACCGUCGGAGCCUUCCGCAGAGCGCAACAGAUCAACCUACCGCCAAUGGGAUGUGUUCGGAAAGAUCUCAACCCGUUCCAGGUCCCAGAAGCACAACGGCCUCCAGAGUCUUGUAAGCAGGACCAUGGUGAACCGAUUGGACGUCAAGCUGGGUACCGAGUCUGUCAAUCCUGUCCAGAAAGAGGCUCGUAUCCCGAAAGCAGUCAUCGAUGCCGCAUCCGAUUUGGUUGUUUUCGAAUCCCACAAUCAAGAGAUCGGCCGCGGCUACUUUUUUUUCGACCAGGGAGGAUAUUGUGGGCAUCCAAGCCUGAGAGAGGAAUUCUCAGGAAAACUCCAGGCCGUGGAGCAUUUCGCUAUCCAGUUUGACCAGCAUGCACACGACUGGACACUGUACGGCACUCGCAAUCAUAUGUUCCGCUAUUCGCGUCCUGGGGCAAGCCAUAUUCGCGGCGACCAGAAGCAAAUCAUAUGCCCGGUUGCGGCGGCAUCUGACUUGAGAACGCUUCCGCGGCUGAAGAGCUUUUACUUCCUUGUCAAGCCGUCCAGGAAGCAUGGGGAAUAUACCAAGUGUUUGAGGUGCUACAUCACCGCCGCUCGUGAGCUGGGCGAAGCCUUCCCGGGCGAGAUCUUCCACGACGCCUUCGAUAGCUACUAUGAGGUGGUCCAGGGAGCCCCGGGCACCCUGCCCAGCCUGUGUGAGACCAAUCCAUGCGUAUGGGCUGCCCGGGAGCUCGCGAAAGUUCGCCGCCAGUACGCCGGCCGCAACAGCGUCAAAUUCGGUCUCCUAGUCGGCCUUUGCAAGGAUGAAGCUUUCGAGGACAAGCUGCCAGAAUUGGUAGCCGAUCGCGCGCCAUCGGUCGGUCUAUUGGGGAACUGAUUGGAUCCUAUUGAACCUGAUUCCCAUUCGUACUCCACGAAGACGACGGCUGGUGAUGGAUCCCCACACGUUGAGAUGAAAAAGGAAGGGAGCUGGGUGGUGGUUUUUGCUUACCGUGACAUGGAGCUGGCAUUUUUUGGCUCAUUGUCCCUGCAAAGCGCGUUGAUUUUCAAGGAGUGGUUCGAGAUGGUAGAUUCGUCGUCGGAUAUACAGAGAUUCGGCUCCGGAACACACCCGAUGCCGCACGAGGAGGACGGACAUCGCAGCGGUCUUAAACUGCUCAUAGGUUCCUAGCCACAAUUACACUGGAGUUUGAUCUAAGGACGAUGUGAGGGAUGACAGAGGACAAAUUAACUACUAGCUAGGACUAUUGUCAAGACGCGAAAAUAUCAA